GAGAAGAGGCAGGCAGAACAGAAGUGGGGACCGUCUGUGAAGAUGGAGGCGAAGUUCUCCGAGGAGGAAGAAGGGUCUCCUCUGGAGGAAGAGCAGAAGGCGCAGGCCAAGGAGCGUGCCCAAGAUGCCCCCUCACGUGGGAUGGCCCAAGAGAAGGGGACGGAGAUGGAAGAGCAGGACCCAGAAGGACCGGGAACCGGCAAGAAACCAAGGAAAGGCCCCCAUCCCGUCCAGGCGGGAAGUGGUGUCGAAUUCUGGGGAGAAGCGGUGCCAGAGGUCCUGCAUCAAGACACGGGGAUCUCAGAUGAACAUCGCCAGCGUUUCCGGCGGUUUCGCUACCAUGAGGCUGCUGGGCCCCGAGAGGUUUGCAGCCAGCUCCAUGGACUUUGCAGCCAUUGGCUGGAGCCAGAAAGACACACCAAGAAGGCCCUCCCGCCGGUGAUCCUCACGGGCAUUGAGUGCCUGGGCCUAGUAUGGGAAGCCAGGGAGAGUUUGGCUUUUUGGCUAGUGUACCGGCUUCCUAACAUGCCGCCCAACAGCCUGUCUUCCCUGGUUGGGGCUGUGUUGGGCUGGGCAUUAAAGUACCCUAGGCUGAUCGUCCUGGGCGACUUCAGUGUCCAUGCCGACGAUGCAGCCUCUGUACCGGCGAUGGACCUGGUGUUCUCCACUUAG